AUGAGGAAUAAUGAUAGAAUAUAUAAUUUUCAAAAAAUAACAGAGCCAACAUCUUUCAAAUAUCCAACCAGGAUACUAUGUUGCGCAUCAGUUGGGAAAAAAGUUAAAAAAUUUUGUAAAAGAAUAUUUAAUGGUCUCGUAAAAGAUUAUGGCCAAUCUCAAUAUCAUGAUCAAACUAAAUAUUAUUGCAAAUCUCAAUAUGAUGGUGAAUCUCAAUAUGGCACCGAAUCUCAGCAUGCUCAAGCAAGUAAACUUAAUCACAGAUCACAAUAUUUUGGCCGACCUCGGCCUGAUGACGAACUUAUUGAUAACAAAAGUCAUUCUAAUGUAAAUUGGGAUGGUACACCUAAAAAUAAACUAAACUAUAAUAAUACGGAAAAUGGUAUCGAUCUAAAAUUGAUAGAUUCAAAAGAAAUUAGGAAAGCUUUAAUUCCAUUUAGAAUUACUGAUGAAGAAAUUGAAAAAUCGAAAGAAAAUAAUAUAAUGGAUAUGUUUUAUGCCGAGAAAAUUUAUAUAACCCCAAAAGUAGCGAGUUUGGUAUUUUAUAAUUUCCAUAUGAAGAUACAUAAUGAUAUACUUAUUCUUUGGGAAAGAGGGAAACAAAUAAUGAAUAAAAUAGCAGUAGAAUAUAAUAUGACAUAUGGCCGCUACACAACGUGCUUAUUUGAGGUUAAACGUGCUAUCUUAAGUGAGUCUAUGCGUAUGAAGUAUAUAUCUUUAAGUAUGUAUCAGGAUUAUGCUAUAACUUAUAAAAAGCAAUUAGAUUCAACAUUUCAUCUUUUCUUAAGAGAACACUAUUUGAAAAUGCGUCACCGUUUUUUGAAGCUCAAUAGAGCGCUUUAUAAUGCUACCAUCAAAACGAUUGGCAUCACCAAUAAUGAGAAACUAAUGAUAAUACAGGAUGGUGAAAAAGAACUUUUUUUUUUUACCUAA